AUGCCCCAGGUAGUGCCGUACGGAGAUAAGGGGUACGGGGAUGGCCUGCCGCUCUCCAACAUCCCGGAAAGGGACUUCAACGCUCUGUCUCAGGGGGAAGGGCCACUGUCGCCGCGGAAGCAGGCGGACAGCACGGUCGCGAACAAUAACGGCAAGGCCAUGAAGCGCAGGAGGCGGAAGACCACGAAACGCAAGGGCGGAAAGCGCCUCGGCUCCACGGCCGGGACGGCGGACGACGGCGGCAUCUGCGAGUUCCCCUGGAUCACGCUCCUCUUCUGGCGCUGGAAGGACGCGCUGUUCUCCCUCAUCCCCCUCGCUGUCGUAGGCGGCAUCUUCGCGCUCGCAUACAUCGGCUUCUCCGCGGACCGGCCCCCGGACUUCGUCUGCACCAGGGACCCGUGCGAGGGCGGCUUCGUGAACAACCAGCUCGCGUCGUGGUACACGAUCGACAUCGCGAAGAACGACGCGAGCGGCUUCCCGCGGGAGUGCUACGCCACGGCGGUGACGGCGGGCAACACCACAACCUUCGUGAACAACGACCAGCUGAGCGGCGGGCCCGGCGUCAUGUGGCAGCCGCUCGGCGUCAACGCGACGGAGUCGUGCGCGGUGCGCGAGACGCUGCACGCCGCGCUGUUUGGGCGCGCGGGGGACGCGGGGGACUCCCGGCUGCCCUACAUCGCCAUCAUCACCGCGGCGCCGCUGGCGCUGAACGUGCUCUUCAUGGUGCUGUGCACCACGAAGGCCACGCGGAAGAUCGUCGACGUCGUGCUGGUGUCGGCGGGCGUGAUGCUGGCGGCCGUCACCGCCGUCACCGCGUACCCCGUCGGCUCGCUCAUGGCGAUCCUGUUCGGCUUCCUCGCGCUCUUCUGCUUCGUCUUCUACGCGCUCGUGCGCACGCGGGUGCGCGACUACGGCGAGAUGGUGCUCGACACGAUGGGCAUGAUGAUGCAGCAGUAUUGGGGCCAGUUCGUUCCGAUGACGCUCGCGAGCGCCAUGCUGCCAGUGGCGCUCCUGUACGGCUGGCUCGCGCUGUACGCGCGGCUGAACAACCGCUACGGCGACGCCGUCGACUUCGCCCUCUUCGUCCUCCUGCUCUACUCGAUCGCGUUCGUGCGCAACGCGUACAGCGUCGCCACGGCGCAGAUGGCCGGGCUGUGGUACUUCAAGCGCCUCAAGCCCGUCGACGCCGGCCGCGCGCCGCUCCUCUACUCCUUCGGCCUCUCCCUCACGAACCGCUCCGGCUCCGUCGGCCUCGGCUCCGUGUUCGUCUCCUUCACCAAGGUCCUGCGCAUCGCCGCGGGGUUCCUCCGCACGCAGGUCUCCGCGCGGCUGCAGCUCCUGGCCGCCGCCGCGCUCAUCCUCGAGGCGGUCAUGCGCCCGUUCAACACCUUCGCGUUCAGCUACAUCCCCUUCCACAAUCAGGCCUUCAUGCCGGCGGCCGUCCAGGCGCUGUCCGUCGUCCAGGAGACGUCGCUCUCGCUCAUCAUGAUCGACGACAUCCUCGGCGCCACGGCCUGGGUCGCGGGCCUCAUGGUCGGCAGCGCCACGCUCGUCGUCGCCUACGUCAUCGGCGAAGUCUUCCUCGAGGGCCAGGAGGACCUGGCGGUGGCGCUGUACCUCCCGGCGUUCCUCGCGGGCUUCGCGGCGUCGCUCGCGGUCAUGGACGCGCUCGAGGCCAUGUGCAACACCAUCUACAUUGCGUUCGCGGAGGAUCCGUUGCAGCUGGAGGAAACGGACAACACGCUCUACCUGGACCUGUUCGAGAGCUGGCAGGUGGCCAUCGAGGACCAGCAGCUCCUGAUGGAGGAGGGCGCGGGCGGGUACAUGGUCGAAGGGCCGAGGGACGACGAGACGCUGUCCCGCUCGUCGUUCGGGAGCCAGACGAGCGAGGUGGCAAAGGAAGUGCUUGAUGCGUUGCCCAACGUCCGCAUGAAGAAGGACCGCGCGGCGCUGUCCCACCCGAAGGACGUCGAGCGCCGCAGGGGCGAGCAGUCGCUCUUCCGCCGCCAGGCCGACGGCUCCCGGCAGGUGGAGACCAAGACGGUGCUGCCGCACGAGCGCGGCAACUUCGGGGGCGGCGGCGACGCCUGA